AUGAGUAAACAACGAAUUGCAAUUAUUGGUGCUGGCCCAAGUGGUCUUACACAAUUGUUAGCCUUGAAACAAGCUGAACAAGAACAACAAGUCGAAUUGGUUUGCUUCGAAAGGCAAUCGGAUUGGGGUGGCUUGUGGCUUUAUACAUCUCAGAUCGGCAUCGAUGCCAACGGUGAACCAAUUCAUUCAAGCAUGUAUCGACAACUUUGGUCGAACAAUCCGAAAGAAUUAAUUGAAUAUACUGACUAUACAUUCUAUGAUCAUUUCGGUUGUCUUCUUCCCUCGUUCUUGCCACGUGCUCUCAUCUACGAUUAUUUUAUCGGUCGGGCUAAAGCCGGCAAUAUUCGACGAUUCAUUCGUUUCAAUACAGCCGUUCGACAUGUCGACUUUGAUGACGAGAAGAAUGAAUUUUGUAUCGAUGUUGAAAAUUUUAAUACGGGUUCGAUGGAACAUUUGAAAUUUGAUCGUGUCAUCGUUGCAAUAGGUCACUAUCAUGUACCAAACAUGAUUAAUAUCGAUGGUGUAAACCAAUUUCCCGGUCGAGUUCUUCAUUCACACGAAUUUCGUGGUGCCGAUGAAUUUGUCAAUCUUAACCUAUUGUUAAUCGGAAGUAGCUUUUCUGUCGAUGAUAUUGCUAUGCAAUGUUACAAAUUCGGUGCCCGAUCGGUGACUAUCAGCGCUCGAUUCAGGCCUCUUGGCUAUAAAUGGCCAAAAGAAAUCAAAGAGGUACCCGAGUUCAUUCGUAUGGACGGUCAAAAGGCUCAUUUUAAAGAUGGUUCAAGUAUUGAUAACAUCGAUGCGAUUAUCUUUUGUACCGGCUAUCGACAUUCUUAUCCAUUCAUGGCUAAACGAUUUCAUUUACGUUGCGGUGUAACUGAAUUCGUUCCUGCCAAUCUUUACAAGAGUAUUUUCUGGAUGGGUCAACCAUCGCUCGCCUAUCUAGGUGCACCGAGACAAAUUUAUUCAUUCCCUAUGAUCGACAUACAGGCAGCAUUUGUACGCGAUGUCUUUCUUGGUCAUAUGAAAUUACCUGACUGCAAUCUCUGGCAAGCCGAUGUAGAUAAAUGGCAAAUACGAGAGAAAGCCAUCCCACCUGAAAAUCUUGGUGCUUUGAUCGAACUUCAAACUGCCUAUAUUCGUGAUCUGCUCGCUUUAUUAGCUACGCAUGAUGGUAAUCAAUCCCUGCUCAAAUUCGAUAUAGAUCAAGCUCAUGCAUUGACAAUGAAAUUUUUAGAAGAGAGAGCGAGUGAUAUUCUCAAUCAUCGUGAUAUAUCCUACGAGUCGAUCGUCGAUAAGAAUCACAAACAAAGCAUUCAGAUUCAGAAACCAUGGAUUAAGAAUAUGGAUGAUUCAAUGGAAAAUCUACUGAGUGGUUAUCGAGAGAAGAUCUGA